AUGGAAAUCUUUAAAAUGGAAAAAAUCUUUUUUAACCAUACUUUUCGCGACAUAACUUUAUUAAUUAUUAAAGAAUUUGCAGGAUUAGCACUAUCCAUUGCGAGUGGGCCAUUUUCUCCUUUGAUUGGAAUAGUAAUUUAUGGUGGUGGAAAAUUCACAAAAAAAAUUUUAAAACAAGAAGCUAUAGGAGAUUUCAUUGAAGAUGUGGGUAUUAGCACUCUCCUAAAUGGAUUUUUUAUCAAAUUUUUCAAAUUUGGAGGACUUUUAGUAGGAAAAUUAUUUAAAAAUGAUAGAAAAAUUUUUUGGUUUGCAGUGACGGCUUUGAUGAAUGCUAGAAAAGCGAUAAAUUACUUAAAAAAAUAA